AUGGUUGCUGCUGUCGGAGAAUCCUUGCUGUACCACCCUAAUUCGGGUGGGCACCACGAAUUCAACUUGAACCUAGCUCUGAUUAUAGUUUCGACGAUAUUCGUCUCCCUUCGACUGUUUACGCGAAAGAUCAUAGCAAAAGCCCUAGGUUGGGAUGACUUCCUUGCAAUAUUAGCCUGGGCCUUGUGCAUCACGCUCUCGGCCCUUGAGAUGGACACGACCAAUUAUGGCACUGGGGCCCAGAUCGAAGAUGUUCCCCGACCGACGCUGCUGCAAUUCUUCAAGAGGCUUUCCAUCAUGGAACUGGUCUACUUCCUUGCUUCUGGUGUAGUACGAUUGUCCAUAUUAGCGUUUCUACCACGCUUGAGCAAGAACAAGGUGUAUAUGUGGAGCAUAUAUGCCCUCAAUGCCAUCGUUGUCAUAAGCAGUCUGUCGGGGUUCUUUUUUGUCUUGACAGAAUGCUCGCAGAUACCUGAUGUCUUCAAUUAUUCCAGCACAUGGCGGCAAUGCGUAGACAAAGGCGAGGAGCGAUCGAUGAUGCUGGCCUAUGCUAUCAUCUGCAUCUUUGUUGACUGCAUGCUGGUCGUUCUUCCGCUUUGUGUCGUGACGAAUUACGUCAAAGUGGGCGUCAAGGCCAUACAAAUCUUGCUCGUGUUUUCUCUGGGUAUAUUUGCCGUCAUCACUGGUAUCGUUCGCUUUUCCAUAAUCGUCACGACAGAUUUCAGCGUAAAUACCACGUACAAGAUGCUGACUGUAGCUGCGUGGACCGACGCUGAGCUCCAUGUCGGUCUUUGGGUUGGGUGUUUUCCAGCGCUGCAGCCUCUACUCCGGCAUGCAACUCUGAUGCUAGGAAUGCGCAGUCAAUUGGACAGCACAGGCGCCGCAAGCAAGAGAAAUACGGUAACGUCCACGGCGACUUCCAACAGGAAAAGCGUUCUGGACAGGUGGUCACGAAGUACUGGUUAUGUUCGGAGCCAGAGCGCCAGAAUUCAACCACCGGGAGGUGACGCUGGGCAAGUCGAGGUUGCAGGUGGCCAAUCUGAAGAUGUCGAGAUGGUCGAUCUCGAGAAGGGCGAUGGUGCUGCUCACAUUGCCCAGCAGAAAGAUAUCUCGAUCCCAGUAACAUUCGGCAAGAGUCCAAGACCGGAAGAAGAAGAGGCAGUAUCAAGUGGUCAAAUGCGAGACGUCUGA